GGGAAGUGGUCCGGACCUCCAGGGCCCACGCAUCGAAAACAUUGGAGCAGCCGGAUGUCUGGGGAGGAGGAAGAGGUACGGUCGGACCGAGGUGUAAAAGGUCGAGGCCGGCCUGCUCGGGGAGAGUACCCUGGUGUUCUUCGUGCUUGUUGGAUGUUUUUGUGCAUCCUGGGGGAGGGUACCCUCGAGUGAUUGUAUGGUUUGGGGUGUUUUGGCCUGCGGAGGGCCUCACGUUCUUGAAGGAUGUGUUCUUCUGUCCCAGGUCCGACCGGACCGCUACCGCUACCGCUACCCUGUCCUCGCUUUUCCUUUCUUUGGGCCUCCUGGGAGACCCUCGUCGCCACCGUCGGAUGCGCCUCGACAUUCUGGUCAGAACGCACCCCCGGAGAGUUCUGGUAUCGGCACCUCCCGGUCUCCCCAGUCGGGAGCGGCCAAGAGGGGGGUGUCCAAGAGGGGGGGUGCAAAUCAUGGCCGGCGGCACGUGCGCGGCCCAGGUCGGGGGCCAGGGACGUAAUGGAAUCAGAAGAGGCGCCAUGAGAUCUGGGGAAAUCUCAUGGCCACCGCCAUGAGAUCCACCCCCCCUAUAGUCAUCGCCCCCCUCUUUUCCGCCCCCCGACCCAGGAGGGGCAGCUGGAGGGGCAGCUGGCGGUUCUUCCAGGGGUCGGACGAGGGGCCGAGGGACACCGGCUGGUCCACGCGCCCCGCGCUGAGCGAGCGGACGAGGCUGCGGGGCGUGAGGACGUCGAUCCUGAGCGUCGGGUCCCAGCAGCUGUCGCCGGUGACCCUGAACCGGCGCAGGCUCUGGUCGCUGCUGCACCAGAUGUGCAUACGGAGGUCCCUGCUGGUGGCGCUGCCGUGCGCCGUGGUCGCGGCGGUGAUGGAGCACGCGGAUUCCCAGGUGGGCUUCCUGCAGUCCAUCCUGCCGGAUGAUCAGACGUACUCCAGCUUCACCUUCCUGCUGGGCUUCUUCCUGACCUUUCACACCGCCCACGCCUACCAGAGGUUCUGGUACGGCGCCCAGAUGAUUUACACCAUCUCGGGCAACUUCAUCGAUAUGACAAGCCUGCUCCUCGCGUUCACGCGGCAUUCCGAUGGGCUGGAAGAGCUCAGGUCCGAGUUCAAAGUUACUUUGAUCCGACUGGCAAGCUUGCUUUUCGCAGUCAGCAUUGAAGAAGUGACGGGGCAUCAGAACGAAGAAGAUGAAAUCUCCGACGAUUAUAUUUCCGAUAAAAGGGCGAUAGAUCCACGCGGACUUGACCAGAGCAUGCUUGAGCGGGCGCUCUCAGCAAGGCAUAGGCCACAAGUUGUUUGCCAGAUGAUUCAGAACCUCAUUGUAGACCAGAUUUCCAACGGCGUGCUCAGCAUCCCAGCCCCGAUCCUCACCCGCGCCUUUCAGGAACAGAGCAACGCCAUGAUCCAGUUCCACGAGGUGCGCUCGUGCAGCGAGGUUCCUUUCCCUUUCCCGUUUGUUAUUCGCGAGGUAUUGUUGAUUGUUCAUUGGGUCGUGACACCUUUUUUCAUGGGCUACUGGUGCCCAGGAAUCGCGAGCGCCGCCUUUUACACGCUUGUUGUUACUCUCACCCUCUGGAGCUUGCAUGGUAUCUCGAUGGAGCUGGACAACCCCUUCGGCCGCGACAGCAACGACAUAGCCGUGCAGUUCCUGCAGGAGCAGCUCAACCAGCAGCUGGUGACCGUACUCAUUGAGUCCGAGCUGGGGCUGCCGAAGGACAAGCUGACAUCCGCCACCCUUGUCGACGAGCUGCUCGCGCGGUUCGAGCGGUCCUCGGGCCAGUCGCUGCCGUCCAGCCCCGGGGCGGCGGCACGCGAGCCUCCGGAGCGAGUCCGCGGAGGCGGAGUCGCAGACGCUUGACUCCGCGAAUCUGGACUAGCUCGGGCGCGGCGGCGACGGCGUUACUCCUUGCCUGUGAGGACAAUCCUGGAGGCCUCGCACAGUACAGUGGAGGAGGAGGAGGAGGCGGAGUCGCAGACGCCCAGCUCCGCGAAUUUGGACUAGCUCGGGCGCGGCGGCGACAGCGUUAUUCCUUCUCUGUGAGGACAAUCCUGGAGGCUUGUCCACACGUCCGCACCGUAAGAUAUGGGACGACAUUCGCGCGUUGACGUUUCGACGUGGGUCCGACGUGAGUCGGACGGGAGCGCGGAUCCGAUGCAAAUCGGGUCUCAAGCUGCUGCACGAGGCCUCAAGGAUGUUGUUUAAAAUGCACAUUUCCUUCUCACGUUCCAGGCCGCCCAAGUGGGGUCGUGCCGCAUCGCCGAUGUAUCGGCGAUGCGGCCCAAUGUGGG